GGUUGACCGCUGCGAUGAGAAUUGCAAUAAAUUGUGAGAAUGUUGACCGAGGCAGAGAUAAGAGUGGCGCAACCUCGAGCGCAGCAUCUCUUCUUCUUCUUCUCUCACCUGCUCGUGCUGGACCAAAAGCAUGACGAGCGUGGCGACGACCGAGUUUGUCGUGUUCGGGGUGAUGGUGGCGGCCAGCGGCCUCCUGGCCGUCUACUCGCGCCUCUCCGCCCCCACGGCCGCCUCCAGCAAGAAGGGCUUCAGCUUCGCCACCGGCACCGUCAGCUCGGGGGCGGUUCUCAUGAGCAUCGCCAGGACGGGACUCGGCAUCAGGGCCAUCGUCGGAUUCCCUGCCGAGCUUUACUACCACGGAGUCGGCAUGUGGGAAACCCUGAUCGGCGUCCUCUUCGCCUAUCUAGUCGUGGACGUGGUUUUCAUGCCGGUCUACUUUGCCAUGCCAACCACCUCCAUCUAUGAGUUUCUGGAGCUGCGAUUCCAAAGUGGCCUCCUGCGCCGCCUCACCUCCUGUCUCUACAUAGUCCGCACGUGUCUGAUGCUGGGGGUGACCACCCUCACCCCCUGCGUGGCCAUCCAAGCUGUCCUUGGGGUGCCCCUGUGGGCCACGAUCAUCGCCGUCGGCACCUUGGGAAUUUUAUUUACCACUUUCGGUGGCAUGAGGGGUGUUAUUUUGAACGACGUCCUGCAGGGUGUGGCCCUUUUUUUCUGCACCCUGGCCAUACUUUACCGAGGAACAACGCAGCUUCCCGAAGGUUUCGUCGGCGCUUUCAAAACGGCCUCUGCGAAUGGCCGGCUCGAUUUCUUCAAUUUCGACCCAGACCCUACUUUGAGAGUGUCGACGUUGUCGGCGGUUUUGGGCCAGGUUUUCAUCGCAACCUCUGCCUUUGGUUGUCAGCAAUCCUUUGCCCAAAGGUACCGCAGCUUGCCCGACAGGAAAUCCGUUCAGAGAGUGCUUCUUAUGGCGAUUCCGGUCGUGUGCUUUCUCGAGAGCGUCACUUGGGUGUCGGGUGUUGUGAUUUACGCCCUGUACGCGGCGUGCGACCCUUUGAGCGCCGGACUCAUCAAAAGCAUCGACGGCCUCGUUCCCUUCUUUGUCCAAAAAGAGUUUUCCGCCGUUCCGGGCCUGCUCGGAUUCUUCUUUGGCGCCGUCUUCAAUGGCGCUUUCGGAAUCACAGUCGCAAUGUUGAAUUCGGUCGCCACGGUCACGUGGGAGGAUUUUUUGAGCAACAUCAAAUGUGUGCGAGAACUGACGGAAAUCAAGCAGCUCUGGGUCAUCAGAUCAAUUGGCAUUUUGUAUGCAAUCGUCAUCAUGCUCGUGGCGAUCGCCUUGUCCUCGUUGCCCGGUUUGGUCGAGUCCAGCUUUCUCAUUUCGUCAACCUUCAGUGGCCCUUUGCUCGGCGUUUUUCUUCUCGCCUUGCUCUUUCCCUCGGCCAACAAACACGGCGCGAUUGCCGGCCUCGUGGUGAGCCUCGGUUCGGCGGUUUCUCUCUCGGCAGGUCGGCUGGUCGUUUCCAGGGGCAAAACCACCCUGUUGCCGUUGAGUGUGGAGGGUUGCCCUGCGGCCAAUAAUGGCACGAGUGACCUUGACAUUUUGAAAAAGUACGACUUCGGCUUGGCACCGAAAGCGCCUCUCGACUGGACCUAUUUGUUUUCCAUUUCUUUCAUGUACUACGCAAUGAUGGGUUGCGUGAUUUGCCUCAUUACUGGCGUAAUCGUCAGCUACUUAACAGUUGAAGAAGAUUUUUGCUACCCCGCCUCACUGGUGCAUCCGUGGGCCCGAAAAAUAAGUGAUUUGUUACCAGGGAAGCCGCGAAAGUAUCUUUCAGAUUCUGAAAUCAAGAAACAUCUCAACUCGAGCUCGCGGAGAAGCGUCCGAACAAUCUCGAUCACGGUUUCGGCCGACGAGCACGAGUUCAUCACCCAUUUUUAAUUUUAAUUCUUUUCAUAUCAAGAAGAGGUAUUUUUUUUUUCAAUUUAAAUGAAAUAAAAAUUGUUUGUGAAAUGAGCGAUUUAAUUUCAAUGUUAAUAUCUCUGGACCGGUUUCAAGUUCUUUUUGGUCUUCUUGGUGGUGGAGUAGGGGUCGGGCUUGUUGGGUCCUGAGCCGCCCCCGGCCGCCUCCUCCUGCCUCUUCUGCUCCCGCAACAGCCGCCGCCGCACCAUUCGCUCGUGGAUCCGUUUCAUCUCCAGGAUUUCCUUCAUUUCCUCUUUGUCCUCCUCCUGAAUUGUUAUUUUUUUUUAAAGCAAAAUUUGUUGAUUUAUAAAUAAAGGUUGGUA